UCGUACAAUACCGUAAUACCGAUAUUUAUUUUUAGUUUUUCGACUGCAAACAUGUCGGGUUACCUCAACCCCAAUUUACUGAAACAUUCUAAGCGAGUGUGCAGCCUUUACAAAAGGGCUGUGAGAAAUUUGGAGGCAUGGAACAUUAACAGGCCAACGUUCAGAUACCAUGCCGUCCUUCUCAGGGCAAGGUUUGAUGAAAACAAAAACAUCACUGACCUCCGGCGAGCUAAGGAGCUUUGGAUUGCUGGAGAGGAAGAACUGGCCAAGUGCGAGCACUAUCAACCUCUGAAAUUUGCCAAAUCACCUGGAGGAGUGGCUUACGCUCGAGAGGUUGUCUGCCCUGAUUGGGUUCUUGACUACUGGCAUCCCCUGGAAAAGGCUCAGUACCCCGAGUACUUCGCUCGCCGGGAGCAAAGGAAGAAGGAGUACCUCAAAUUCUAUGAGCAGCACUAUGGCAAACCAAUGCCAGAAAGUCAUCACUGAAUUGUGCACUUUUAAGAAAAUGUUGAAAUUAUUGUUAAUAUUUGAUUCCUCGAGACUUGUUUUAAAUCCUUGUAGUAUAAACAUGUAAUACACUAAAAUAUAUUGAAACUUAAGUAA